GGAUGUAGAUGCUAUGUUUGAAGAGUCCUUCAAUCAAUUAACUUGACCUUACAUGUUUUCAUUUUAUGUUCGUUCUUAUUACUUUGUGAUCAUGGUUAAUUGAAAGUUGACAGAAUCUGCAACUUGAGAAACCGAUAUGUUAAUUUCAGUUAGAUUUGUUGUUUCUUUCGUCAUGUAUUCUGCUUUUUGUAAUUCACAAUCAUGCAUUAGAUUAGGUGGUUAAUGGUUUAGUUCUCUAAUAUAUAACUUGAAUAUUGUAGAACUUGUAUUUAAGUUCAGUCCACCUGAUGCAAUUCCAUUGUCACUAUGUUGGAAACGUCGCCAAAAUUGGAGUAGUUUGUGCAGUUAUAGAACUCACUGUUUAAAAGUUUGUUUCCUUAAUUUUUUCCAAAUUAUGAUUUCUAUUUCUCUGUUAUGAGUUCUGUAAUCUUGAUGACAAUAUAGAGUUUUGAUUCCGGCAGCUAUAAUUGUUGGUUGAUUUUUGCUUCCAUUAAGCAAUGCCUUCUUGAUGUGAACACAAUCAUGUUAACAAUGGGGCAUCAAUGAGCUAUGAUGGCAGUUUGGCUAUAGCUUUUAGAGGAGGUGACAUUGUGCUUCUAUAUGCUUCAAAAUAUAAUGACAUUGAUACAGUUAUCAACCUCUCUGGGCGUUAUGAUCUAAAGGCAGGCAUUCAAGAACUCGUUGGAAAAGAUUAUUUGGAAAGAAUUAGGAAUGUUGGCUUCAUUGAUAUGAAAAAGAAGAGGUCAGGAAGUUUUGAUUUCCGUGUUACUGAGGAAAUUUUGAUGGAUCGCUUGGGUACAAAUAUGCAUGAAGCAUGCCUUCAUAUUGACAAAGAAUGCAGGGUCUUAACAAUACUUGGUUCUUCCGACGAAAUUAUCGCACAUGAGUUUUCCAAGAUCAUACAAAACCACAGGUUGCAUAUCAUUGAAGGAGCUGAUCAUGCAUUCAGAAAUCAUCAAGAUGAGUUAUCCUCAGUUUUUGUGAGCUUCAUAUAAGAAAUCAUGCAGCAGAACACUAACAGGGUCUUUAACUGAACCUGCCAAUGAUGUUCCAUAUGUUUGUGCUCUUCUACUUUGUGCUUAUUAAAUUUGAGAAUCUUGCUUCAUGCAAAGUAUUAUACUAUUAAUACAAUUGCCAGUGCCAAAUAAUCAAUGUUAUUUUUGUUAUUUUGACAAACAGAAUAGAUAUUUCAUUAAAGGGGCACUCCUCAAGAAGGGAAUUACCAAAUGAGUAAUGAUAUAUACACACCUCAUUUUUGAAACACUUCAUUUUCACCUCUUUUUAUUUCUAUUUCUCUCCUCUUAUCAUCUAUCACAUCUAAUACUUUCUCUCUCUUACUUUUUUUUUUCUUCCUAUCUCUCUCUUCAUUCCACCUCUCUCCACCUCAAAGAGAGGUGUGAAGAUAACAUUAUUGAUUACCAAAUUGGAUAAAUUAACUGUUCCAACUAAAGCCCAUAGACCCACCUUCCGUAUACACUACCAUCCAUAUUAUUCAACCAACUAAACUUGAGAACAAAAUUCUCAAGAAGUUGAGAAAGAGUAUAUUACCCUAGUAAUUAGACAAAAGAAAGAUCAAACCUUUAACUUGGCAAGGAUAUUGAGCUAUUGAUCAAAUUAAUAAGUUACUAUACUGAAACCGUUAUCACAGACCCUGCAUCAGUGUUGAUCAAAGAUUUGGAUGCUCUCCAAUUGGCCCUCUCUCCGGCAUAUCUUCUGCAAAAUAUUGGCCAUAGAUCUUGUAAUCAAGGGAUAAGAUUGCUUAUGACGAGAAAGUAAUUGGUGAUUUAAUAAGUGAUGAAAUGGUUAAUUGUGAGGGGCUGCACUGCUGAAGGGCUGGAGAGGAUCUCAAGUCGGUCAAUCAAUGCUUGUGUGCUGCCAUCACACGCCUUGUAUCAAUGUUAGUCAAUGUUCAUUGGUAUCACUACGCACCUUACAUCAAUAUCAGCCAAUGCUAUGCACUAUCACCACAAACCUCAUCCAUGCCAACUAAUGCAUAUGUGAUUUCACCACACGCCUUGCAUUGAUGUCGUCAAUCUUCAUGUGUGACCUGGACAAUUCAAGGCUCAUCUUGUGUUAACCUGAUUACAUGAACUCUUCCAUCCAAUUUCUCUACCACAAAACCACUGUGUGGGAGAUGGUGUGAGAUUGAUUCCUAGGAUUUCACAUAUUCUUUCGAUUUCUGGGUUUAGAUUUCUUAUAUUGUUAUCAACUUUGGGUUAGAAAAAAUAAAUUGUGCUGAUUUCAAUCUCUACCUUACCUGGUUCCUAAUUUUUUUCCUGAUGAAUUGGUACUCGUAUGAUAUUUAUCCAGUUUCCUCUUAUCCCCAUAAGUUGUGUUAUAUACUUAUAUAUGAUAUUAAGUUGAUGUUGAGAUUAUUAAAAAAAGUUGAUUUUUUUAGUUUUAGUUUAUCUGUAUAUGAGAUUCUUGAAUCUGGGUGUUUUUUUGUUUUGUUUUUUUUAGAAUUUUGGGUUUGAAGAUAUGAAGAUAACAAAGAGGAAGAAGAUUAAGAUCAUAUGUUUCUAGUUUUUUUUUUGUUAAUUAAUUUUUUAAAGCUCAAAACGUUAAUUUUUUAAUAGAAGUUGGACGGAAAACCAAAAUUGCAAACGGUAGUAGAGGUGGGGACGAUAGCUGCUAAUUUUUUUGAGGGUUAAAUAUUCUUUCCGUCCCUAAACUAUAGCGAAUUUUUGAUUUCCGUCCCUGAACUAAAAUUACGAUGGUUUCCAUCCCUGUACUUAGUAAACCGUUUGUUUUUUACCCUUUGACCAUGUUGACUGCUCAUGUGUGAUUCCAGCGUGUAGGUCAGUGCUGAUGUGGAGGUAAUUAUGCCGGUUUAGCCGGUUUUUCGAAUUUUUUUUAAUUUUUAUUAAUAGAAAAUCCUUUUUUACUAAGUAAAAACAUUUCAACGUUUAAUUUUACUUUUUAACCUAGGUCAGAAAUGUUCAUCAUCCUUUCUUCUCUUUUCUUCUACUGAAGCCGUAGCUCCACUCUCGCCGCCGUAGCUCCACUCUCGCCGCCGCUCCACUGUGUGGUUGUUCUCAUCAUCAAUUUAGGGUUUUAAGAGUUGGGGUAAGGGAUCGAGGCAGACAAGGAAGAGAGGAGAUUGGCAGACGAAGAUUGUGAAGGUUGUGAAGGUUGUGGCGUGCUCAGAUCGAAGGGCGUCGAAGAGGAAGGAAGACACGACUCGAGGUAGACAAGGAAGACACGAACCAGAAUGAAGCACGAAGGAACAUCGUCGUCUUCGACAAGGUCCAGGGCAAUUUAGCUUGUUGAUUGUGAGACAUUUUUUUUCAGAUUCCCUCGGGUUCUGAUUAUUUCAAGUGGCUGGAUGAGGCUAUUGAAUUAAACCAAUCUGCAAAAUAUGAAGCCAAUCCCCAUUCUCUCUGCCAACAUGAACUCAUGGAAGCCCAGAAGAAAGUGGUGAAGUUGCAGAAGAAACAACUUGAAGUUCAGCAGAAGCAGAUGGAAGAUAAGGCAUUGAUCAAAUAUCUGAUUUUGGGAUUAGGGUUGUCAUGGAUAUUGAUUAUUGUGUUGGCCACAAUUCUUGUGAUAUCCACCUUCAUGUAAUGGGUUGUGAUGGAAUUGGUGUUAGUUAAGUAUAGGUAGAAUUGUGUGUAGGUUAGUUAAGUUUUGGGGUUUGUUUGGUUCUAGUUUGAUCUGAAGCUAAUUGGUGUUUGUAAUGCGUAUUGAUCAAAUGAAAUGGUAUUUUACUCAUGGAAUUUCAAGUUGAA